GACCGGCCAUGGCGUUGAAAGCCAGAGCGCUUUACAACUUCCAGAGCGAAAACAAAGAGGAGAUCAGCAUCCAGGAGAACGAAGAGCUCGUCAUCUUCAGCGAGAACUCCCUGGACGGGUGGUUGCAGGGCCAAAACAGCCGCGGGGAGACCGGCCUCUUCCCCGCUUCCUAUGUCGAGAUCCUCCGCUCCCGCUCGGGCUCCAACUACACGGACUACUCCGGCAGCCCGGUCGGCUCCCCCGGGCACGAUUCCUCCUUGUACUCGGCAUCCCCCAACCCCGGCAUCUCCUACCAGGGCAGUUUUGAGGAUGACGAUGAUGACGAUUGGGAUGACUGGGACGACGCGUGCACGGUGGUGGAGGAGCCCCGGAGCGCGCCGGGCACCAACGGGCACCCCUCGCCCAGCGCGCCGUACCCCGCGGCCUACGGCCACCACCAGCACGCCGGCUACCGGCCCAAGCCGGCGCUGGAGAGGCAGGACAGCAUGAGCUCCUCCAAGAGAGGCAGCGUGGUGGGCAGAAACCUCAACCGCUUCUCCUGCUUCGUCCGCUCCGGGGUGGAAGCCUUCAUCCUGGGCGACGUGCCCCUGAUGUCCAAGAUCGCCGAGACCUACUGCAUCGAGAUGGGCUCCAGAGGCCCGCAGUGGAGGGCCAACCCCCACCCGUUCAUCUGCUCCGUGGAGGACCCCACCAAGCAAACCAAGUUCAAGGGCAUCAAGAGCUACAUCUCCUACAAGCUGACCCCCAGCAACUUCAACUCGCCCGUGUACCGGCGCUACAAGCACUUCGACUGGCUCUACAACCGCCUGCUGCACAAGUUCACGGUGAUCUCGGUGCCGCACCUGCCCGAGAAGCAGGCCACCGGCCGCUUCGAGGAGGACUUCAUCGAGAAGCGCAAGCGGCGGCUGAUCCUCUGGAUGGAGCACAUGACCAGCCACCCCGUCCUCUCCCAGUACGAGGGCUUCCAGCACUUCCUCUGCUGCCGCGACGAGAAGCAGUGGAAGCUGGGCAAACGCCGGGCGGAGAAGGACGAGAUGGUGGGAGCCAGCUUCCUCCUCACCAUCCAGAUUCCCACGGAGCACCAGGACCUGCAGGACGUGGAGGACCGCGUGGAUGCCUUCAAGGCCUUCAGCAAGAAGAUGGAUGACAGCGUCCUGCAGCUGACCAACGUGGCGUCGGAGCUGGUGCGCAAGCACGUGGGGGGCUUCCGGAAGGAGUUCCAGAAGCUGGGCAAUGCCUUCCAAGCCAUCAGCCACUCCUUCCACAUGGACCCUCCCUACAGCUUGGAUGCCCUCAACAACGCCAUCUCCCACACGGGCAAGACGUACGAGACUGUGGGGGAGAUGUUCGCCGAGCAGCCCAAGAACGACCUGUUCCUCAUGCUGGACACUCUCUCCUUGUACCAAGGGCUCCUCUCCAACUUCCCAGACAUCAUCCACCUGCAGAAAGGCGCCUUCGCCAAGGUGAAGGAGAGCCAGCGGAUGAGCGACGAGGGCAGGAUGGACCAGGAGGAGGCGGACGGGAUCCGCAAGCGCUGCCGCGUGGUGGGCUUCGCCCUGCAGGCCGAGAUGAACCACUUCCACGAGCGGCGCGUGGCCGACUUCAAGAGGAUGAUGCAGUCCUACCUGAGGCAGCAGAUCGUCUUCUACCAGCGCGUCAGCCAGCAGCUGGAGAAGACGCUGCGCAUGUACGACAACCUCUAACCCCGGUCCCGCUCUGCCGCAGCCCCCGGGGCUCCUCAGGAUGGGAUGGACGGGAACUCAUCACGCUAGUGACCAAAUGACUUCGGGCUUUCUUCCCCCUUCCCUGGGGGCUGGCAGGGGAGGGCUCGCCCGCGGGCUGGCCGUGCCACCUCUUCUUUCUUUCCCUGGGCACCUCCCACCCUGCCACGGGUCUGGCAGGAGCGUGGGGGGUGGCAAGAAGGACAGGGAGGUAACUCUGCCCAGUGAUUUUUAGCUUUCUGAAAACCCACUCUCCUGGAGCAGGGGUGGGUGCAUCCCAGCCCGCUGGGAGAAGACAUCCAAGCGGUCGGCAUUUUGCACACUAAAAGCUUUUCUGAUGGAAAAAAAUAAGAGAAGAAAAGAGAUCUUUAUUUGGAAGAGAUUUUUUUUUGUUUGUUUGUCACAAGAUAUUUUCAAUAUUUUCCAUUUUUCUGCAGCAUUUUUACUGAUCAGUUUUUAAAUAGAUGCACAGAGGCAAAGAGAAAUCUCUUUCUCAAGUAUGGCUGCUGACUGGGAAAAGGGGAAAAAAAAAGGAAAAAAGGGAAAAAAAAAUAGCCCCACAGCCUUUUCAAUAAAAUCAUUGGUAGAAAAAACA